UUCACUAUAUGCAUGCUCUGGUCUCUCAGCCUAUUAAGCGUUAGAAAAACCUCUCCACAGGUGCUUCAAGUCACAUCCCAUCCCAUCCCAUCACUGAAGGUUCUUUGAAGAAAACUGGCAAGACCUUUCAACUUGAAUCGAAGAAGAACACCACGGACACUCUAUGAUUACGAAACAGCUGCCCCUUCGCCGAUGGGCUCCGAAUUAGACUGCAUUGUCUAAAUGAAGUUCCUCCGCCAUGCAAUGUUCCUGGAAGGCUGUGAUUCUGCUCGGCCUGGCGUCCAUCGCCAUCCAGUACACAGCGAUCAGGACGUUCACGUCCGAGCCCUUUCAGAUCUGUCCCGUGACUAGCUCUGUAAACUGCAGCCUGACUCAGGAACCGGAGACUUUGGAUCGCCUUUGUGAUGACCUCCCUUAUUUCCCAUACAACACCUCCAGAGUGAAGACUCACAUCCUGAUUCUGGCCACAACCCGCAGCGGCUCAUCUUUCGCCGGCCAGCUUUUCAACCAGCACACGGACGUGUUCUAUUUAUUUGAGCCACUCUAUCACGUCCAGAAUGCCCUGCUUCCUCACCUCACUCACAGCAGGUACACUUCAGAUCGCAGGGUGAUGCUUGGAGCAAGCCGUGACCUUUUGCGCAGCUUAUACCACUGCGACUUGUACUUCUUGGAGAGCUACAUCAAACCUCUGCCUGCAAAUCACACCACAGAUAAGCUUUUCCGGCGAGGAGCGAGUCGGGCGCUUUGCUCGCCGCCUGUCUGUGAUGCUUUCAACCUCAAUGAGGUGAAUAUAGAUGAGGGUGAAUGUGUGAGGAAGUGCACCCUCCUCAACCUGACCCUGGCGGCCGAGUCUUGCCGAGAAAGACGACACGUGGCGAUCAAGACGGUGCGAGUCCCAGAAGUCGGCGAUCUCCGCGCUCUAGUGGAGGAUCCGCGGCUUAACCUGAAGGUUGUCCAGCUGGUUCGGGACCCACGAGGCAUCUUAGCAUCAAGAAUCGAGACUUUUAGAGAUACAUAUCGCCUCUGGAGGAUCUGGAGGGCCACAGGGCGCAAACCAUACAACCUCGACCUGAGCCAGAUCAUGACAGUGUGUGAUGACGUCUUACGCUCGAUCAGUACAGGCUCUGAGCGUCCAGCAUGGCUUCGUGGCCGCUACAUGCUGGUGCGCUAUGAGGAUUUGGCCCGCCGGCCCCUCCAAAAGACCCGCGAGAUCUACGACUUCCUUGGAUUUACCAUGGAGAAAGGGGUGGAGGAGUGGAUUCGAAACAACACCAGAGGAAGCAACGAGGGUUUGGCGAAGCAUAAAUAUGGUACGCUGAGGGACUCGGCUGCUAACGCUGAGAGCUGGAGGCUCAAGCUCUCGCAUGACAUCGUCGAUUACACACAGACUGUGUGUCAGCAGGUUUUAGAGGAGCUCGGCUACAGAGCUGUGAACUCGCCUGAGGAACUCAAGAACUUGUCUCUUUCACUGAUUGAGGACAAGACCUUUGCACCCUUUUUGUAGCGAGCGAUCACACCAACGACUAUUUUUCUACACUUCAACUGUUGCCUUAAUUCAACACAUUUUGCACUAUGAACUUGGGAAAUCACUCACAGUCACACAGUACAAACAGCACAAAAACAAACCAAAAUAUUCACUUCGGCCUGGACGAGACUUGAGGAUGACAGAAUGACACGUGUAUUCAUCAUGUUUAUGUGGCUAUGAAGUCCCUGUAUUCAAUCCAUUGCUUUGAUGAAGUUGGAUGUUUGUGGGCGACGAACUCAAAAACACAUCCAUGUGCUUAGAGGUCU